AUGAUGUCAUCAUGCAGUGACUCCGGGGCCAAUGCCCGGCGGGUGGCUGGGGCGGUGUGUGGAAGCCGGCCACGCUCCGCACGCUGGCCCGGCCGCCUGCCGUCCCUGACCUGCGGCUGCUGGGCCUGCCCGGGAGUGUGUGGUGGUGGCGGUGGCGGUGGUGGCGGCAGCGCGGGGCUGGCUGGCAGUGGAACUGCGUGUGCCUCUGCCACUAGCACCCCAUCCGGCGCUCUGGCGCCCCUCCGGCCCUGUGGUGCCUGGGCCCCCCGCCUCAUGGCCUCAACGGUGGCGCCGGCCCUGAGAGAAAUAGACACUCUAAAAUCAAAGAUAAUGAACAGGAUUCUUCUCUAUGGAAUACCCAUUCUGCUCUUCUGUGCUAUGGCCCAGGGCUUGUGGUGUUUUCACCAUUGUAAGCUUCCAAGUUCAGAUAAUGCGUGUAUCCCUGUGGCGUGCUAUGCUUGCAAACAGGAUCAAUGUUACUAUGAAGACUCAGUACUCUUAGAAGUGACACCGAUGCCACAAAAAAGGCGUCGACCAAGACUAGGAAUGUCAAAUGUCACAGUGUACAACCAUAUGUACUGGCAACCUGGUUGCACCACCGCAGAGAAUCGCCAUCUAUGCAACACGACUCGAGACAUUAGUUCAUUCGAAAUGAUGGGUAAAAUCUUUACACGGAGGUCUACUUUUUCUUGCUGCAGCAAAAUGUGGUGUAAUACAAACAAAACUCUCAACUGGUAG